AUGGCAGGAAAAGUGAAAUGGGUCACAGAUAUCGAGAAGUCAGUGCUGAUAAAUAACUUUGAAAAGAGAGGAUGGAUCCAAGUGACAGAAAAUGAAGAUUGGAACUUUUACUGGAUGAGUGUGCAAACCUUCCGAAACGUUUUUAGGGUCGAGACGGGCUAUUGGCUCUCAUCAAAAAUAGUCAACCAUUUUCCGAACCACUACGAGCUGAACCCGAAGGACCUGAUGGUGAAGAAUAUUAAAAGAUACAGGAAGAGGCUGGAGAAGGAAGGGAGUCCUCCAGCAGAAAAAGACGAAAAUGGGAAAUACCUCUAUCUGGACUUUGUUCCGGUCACCUACAUGCUGCCCGCCGACUACAACCUGUUCGUGGAGGAGUUCAGGAAAAUCUCCCCCAGCACCGGGAUCAUGAAACCUUGUGGCAAAGCCCAGGGGAAGGGCAUCUUUCUGAUCAACAAGCUCUCGCAGAUCAAAACGUGGUCCCGGGACAGCAAGACUUCUUCGUUUGUGACUCAAUCUACUAAGGAAACCUAUGUGAUCUCUCUCUACAUUAACAACCUGCUGGUCAUUGGCAGGAGGAAGUUUGACCUGCGCUUGUAUGUUCUGGUCUCUACGUACCACCCGCUGCACUGUUACAUGUAUAAGCUCGGAUUUUGCUGCUUCUGCACAGUGAAGUACACCCCGAGCACCAGUGAGCUGGACAACAUGUUCGUUCACCUUACCAACGUCGCCACUCAGAAACAUGGGGAAGACUACAACCACAUCCACUGGGGCAAGUGGACCGUGAGCAACCUGCGGCUCUACCUGGAGAGCACCCGAGGCAAGGAGGUGACCGGCAAACUGUUCGAUGAGAUCCACUGUAUCAUCGUGCAGUCGCUGAAGGCCGUGGCGCCCGUGAUGAAUAACGACAAACACUGCUUCCAGUGCCAUGGGUACGAAAUCAUCAUCGACGACAAGCUGAAGCCCUGGCUGAUUGAGUGUUUCAGAGAGAUACACAAUCCAAUGACAACUCCUAUAUUAAAACGCAGUAGAGAACUCUGA